ACGUCAUGAAAAGAGAGGGUAAAAUAUCGGAUCACAUCAGACACAUGUGAAGGACUAAUAGUUAUUAUACAUACCCUUUCAAUAGUUUUAAAGAUUUACUGAAAAAUCAAGAUAAAGCGACAAGGUUCUCCGUUGUCCCAGGUUUUGGCAAAGAUGCCGCCGGUUACACAAAAUGGCAGUCUGAAGGCUCAAGUUGAAGAUUACAUAUCGAAGAAUAAAGUGAUGGUGUUUAGUAAAACUACAUGUCCAUUUUGUAAGAAGGUAAAAGACCUAUUUAAAAAUCUCAAUGUAGAAUUUAAAGUAUUAGAGCUGGAUCAGAUCUCAAAUGGAGCAGAAUUACAGAAUGCAUUGCAGGAAGUUUCUGGGCAAAAAACUGUACCAAAUAUAUACAUUAACUCCAAACAUCUAGGUGGAUGUGACGACACAUUAAAAGCUCAAGCUGAAAAUAGACUCCUGUCGAUGAUUAACGAUGAAGGAGAAAAUUAUGAUUAUGAUCUGAUUGUAAUCGGAGGAGGAUCAGGCGGACUUGCUGCAUCCAAAGAAGCUGCUAGUUUAGGUAGAAAAGUUGCUGUGUUUGAUUUUGUUCAACCAUCUCCACCAGGCACAACAUGGGGUUUAGGAGGGACAUGUGUGAAUGUUGGCUGUAUACCAAAGAAACUAAUGCACCAAGCUGCUUUAUUAGGUCAUGGUUUAGAAGAUGCUAGACAUUUUGGUUGGGAAAUUCCAGAAAAUGUGAAGCAUAGUUGGGAUAAAAUGAAGAACGCCAUUCAGGACCAUAUAGGAUCUCUAAAUUGGGGAUACAGAGUGCAGCUACGGGAAAAGAAAGUAGAUUAUCACAAUGCAUAUGCUCAAUUUGUUGAUAAACACAAAAUAAAGGCAGUGAACAAAAAAGGAAAAGAAAUAGAAAAGACAGCAAGGCAUUUUAUUUUGGCUAUGGGUGAAAGACCACGAUACCCAGAUAUUCCAGGAGCCAAGGAAUAUGGCAUUACAAGUGAUGAUUUAUUUUCCUUGCCUUACUGUCCUGGUAAAACAUUGAUGGUAGGAGCCUCCUAUGUCUCAUUGGAAUGUGGAGGUUUCCUAAAGGCCAUUGGUAUGGAUGUGACGGUGAUGGUUAGAUCCAUUCUUCUGAGAGGUUUUGAUCAGCAGAUGGCCGAUAAGAUUGGCGACUAUAUGGGGUUACAUGGCAUCGACUUUGUACGACCAUGUGUUCCUACAAAGAUAGAAAAAUUACAAGAUCGGCAAGAUGGAAAACCAGGAUUGUACAAAGUAUAUGGGAAAUAUAAUGAUGGUACUGAAUAUGUUGAUGAAUUCAAUACUGUGAUAUUUGCCAUUGGAAGAGAUCCCUGUACACAAAAUAUAGGAUUAGACAAAGUAGGAGUCCAGAUGAACAAAAAUGGAUUUGUGAUAUCAAAUGAUGCUGACCAAACAAACAUCUCAAAUAUUUAUGCAAUUGGAGAUAUACUUGAAGGAAAACCAGAACUGACACCAGUAGCUAUACAUUCAGGUCGCCUGUUGGCAAGGCGACUGUAUAAUAAUGAAACUUUAUUGACUGAUUAUAUAAAUGUAUGCACCACAGUAUUUACCCCUCUAGAAUAUGGCUGCUGUGGUUACUCAGAGGAGGAUGCUGUACAGAAGUUCGGAGAGGAUAAAAUAGAGGUUUACCACUCCAAUUUUUGGCCUCUGGAAUGGACAGUGGCAAAAAGAGAAAAUGAUGUAUGCUAUGCAAAGUUGAUCUGUCUAAUCCCAGAAAAGGAAAAAGUGAUAGGAUUCCAUGUAGUGGGCCCAAAUGCUGGAGAAAUUACUCAAGGCUUUGGAACUGCAAUUAAAUUAGGGGCCACCAAAACUGAUUUUGAUAGGACCAUUGGAAUACAUCCAACAUGUGCUGAGACUUUUACCACACUGGAUGUCACAAAAAGAGGUGGUGGUAGUAUAGACACUGCAGGUUGCUGAGGUUAGAUCCUGCUGUUGAAUAAAAUCUCAUCCCAAUCUUUCUGCUAAAUUAUAAGACAAAGCGCUGAUAGGACUUAUAUCAUUAACAAUACUGGACAUGUUGAAUGUAUUACAUAUAUGGAGUUUAGAAAUAACUGUGCUAACCAAAUUGAAAACAAUCUCACUAUCUGUUUACAUGUAACAAUGUCUUUGAGUUUUAGGAAACUAUGAUAGCGGUAAAAAACUCUGAAAGGCCAUCUUACAAAACUCUUGCCAGACUUUAAAAGAAGUGCAAAGACAUUAUGAUAUUUCUUAAUAAGAUAAAGACCACAUGUGUUGAGCAGUGUAAAUCAGAAGUUCAUAUAUUGAAGACCUGCUGACAUGUGUAAAAUCUGCAGACAGAUAUAUUAUUGUAUGUGUUAAAAUGUAUAUUUACCAAUGUCUUUCAUGACUGUUGUCAGCUGUGGUACAUUCCAAAGUAACACAAAAGAGACUCAACACCUCUGUUAUACUAACACCAUCUUUAGUGUGCAGAAUUUUUAGCAAUUGUGUGUGGAUUUGUUUUCAGGGCUUUUUGUUUAUGAGUUAUCAUUAAACAAGGUUUUAGUCUAUUUUUUCCUUGAGAUUUCUGUAUAAAUUUAUCAUGAUAUAUUUAUAGGUCAAGUUGAAGUAAUUCAGGAAUUUGUGUUUUUAAUAUUUGUUAAAUGAUUUUGAAUAUGGCUCUAAUUUUUCAGUUUUACAGAAAUUUGCAAGAUACCUGUAGAUUUUUGUAAACAUUUUUCUGAAUAUCUUUCUUAUAAAAGGAUGUGAUCAUUUGAAAAUUACUUGAUAGAAACCACAUAUCAAUGGUUCUUGAAAUAAAACAAGACCGAAAACCUUAAAAAGUUAUUGAAUAUUUGAUUUAUUUCUGCCAGUUCUGUUACAAAUACAUAUAUUAGGAAAUUUUAAGGACUUAUUCAACUUGACCCUAAUUUUGAAUGAAAAUUAAGAUGUAGGUGAUAUUUUUACAUUCAAGUUUUAAAAUUUUUUGCCAGAUUAUCAGCCAUUGUCUAUAGAAGCAGUAUUUGGGAAUGAGAUCAACAGCAGGAGUUAAGGUCAUAAGGGCUACAAUAUAACUGUGCAUUUGUGUAAUGCCUGAAUGAUGGACAUGUUUGUAAACCUCAGAGUGAGGCUAGACCUGACCGGAAAUGUUAUUUGGUAGCUCUUAGUAAUUAUAAGAUAUUUGAUAUUUUUGUUUGCUACUUUAUAUAUCAAGAAGUUCAUUUACUGUUUAUACAAUUUAUUGAUAUCAAGGUAGUUAAACAACAACGUAAAUAUCUUCAAUGGUUUAUUUUUUUUAGUGCUAGUUUGUUAUUAAUAUACAUGAAGUUAACUUUUGUUCAUAUUUAUAUUAUUAUGAUUGUUAAAAUUGAUAAUGUUAUUUAUUGGCUUCAUUAAGAUUUGACUACAUGCAACCUAAUAUCUACCCCAUCCCAAUAUGAAAAACAAUGAGAUUCAAGAUUACCAGUUUUACAGCUGAUUUAUUUGAGUAUGUAUGAAGAACAAUGAAGUUCAGGAUUACAAAUUUUUACAGCUAAUUUAUUUGAGUAUGUUUGAAUAACAAAGAGGUUAAUGAUUGAGUUUGAAUGUUUGUAAAGCGAACCAUCAAAUCGAUAUUACCUAUGGAAGAUUGAAUUCAUUAUCACUAGCUAAUCGAAUCAUGGAACAGGUAACAAAAGAUGGACAGGAAAGAAAAACCUGCAUAACCAACAUGUAACUGUUAAACUACAACCUUCAUUUUUUAGCUAAAACACUUGGUAGCUAAUAAAGAAUUCACCUAUCAAACAAGCAUACUUAAAUGUUAUGAGUACACACUCAACUAUAACAGCUGUAAAUUCAAAACCAAGGUAAUAUUAAUAAUAGCCAACUACCAUGACAAUAACUGGGGUGUAAUUAGGUUAGAAUAUGGUUGAAUUGAUUAUCAUUGAUUUGAAAAUUGAUUACAUAUAUUUUCAAUGUUGAAGAUUUUUACAAUUUAAAUACAUUUUUUUUAUUUAUAUGUUCAUGCUUUACCUUACGGAACUAUGGCAUUAAUAGGGAUUUUGUUAGAUGUUAGAACUGAAAGCUCUGUAGAUAUAGAAAUAGCUAAUUUUAGGGAAAAAUGAAUUACUUCUUCAUAUUUUUGUAAUUUCUUUUUGGUGUAAUUUUGAUUUUGAUGCAUUGUCUUAAAACUUUGAUUGUUACUGUCCUAGUUUAUUUGUAAUGAUCUGAAAAACUGAAAUAAAUUAAAUUUAAAAGAAA